UUUCCUACAUUUUGAAACGUUCGGUUUUACAACGGGGACAAUCUCAGAAGGAUGAACAAAUAAUGUUUGUGUUCAUCACAUUAAAAAUAACAUUUGAAGUGCUGAAGUGUGUCUAAUUACAGACACGGCGUUUUUAAACGCUCCCAAUAGCUUCGUCUUUAUUGCAAUCAAUAAAACUGGUUUAUUGGCAAAUUAGGUAAAUGUGAUAACUGCAUUAAAAUAUGAACACAACAUUAUAAAGUCAACCAUUGAUGGUUUUGUGUCGAUGUACAGCGAGUACAGAAUGAACAGCUGACAGUUCACCGGAAAUGCCCGAGCUGACUUAACCACAACCAGGAAGUAACCGUGCAUAUAGUCCAUUAUAGUGACCUGAGGGAUGUUUUGUGUCUCUGAACAGGAAGUUGAUCUUUUAUUUUGUGAUUGCUGCGAUCUGAUUGGAUGGGUCUCACACUGUGCUGCUGGCUGCGGGACGGCCAUCUUAAAAAACACCAGAGAUCCACAUCAGCUUUCUGUCCGCUUUCUGUAACCCCGCCCAUUCGGCUCGCUGUGCUUUUAGACACGCCCCCCGUCACCCCUGGAAACCCCCGAUCACAGUGGAGCCCGACGCACCUGUCGCCCAACCUGCAGGUGUGUCGGUCGGGUGGGCGCGUGCGUCGCGGCCGCGUGGAGCAGAGCAGUGAUGCGGUCCGUGGCGCGGUCGGCGCGGUGACGGGGCUUCAUAUAUGGGAGGUGCUGUGGGAGGAGCAACAGAGAGGAAGCCACGCCCUACUGGGGGUGUCCACACACAAAUGCCCCCUGCAGGUCUCGGGAUACACUGCGUUGAUAGGCGGACACUCGUGUUCCUGGGGCUGGGAGCUCUCGACCAAUCAGCUUUGGCAUGAUGGGAAGAGGAAGAGGCGGUACCCCGGGGGCGGAGCCACGGACGUCUUGAGCGUUCCGGAUCGCAUAUUAGUGGUGUUGGACGCAGACGCGGGGACGCUGGGAUACAUGGUGGACAACUGCUAUUUGGGCGUGGCCUUCCAGGACCUCCCCAAAGGGGCGGAGCUUUUCCCCUCAGUGAGCUGCGUUUGGGGAGGAGCUGAAAUUUGCAUACGCUACCUGUGUGGCACGACACGUGACGCUCCCGCUCUACAGGCUCUGAGUCGUUUAUCCGCGCGUCGGGCCCUCGGAUCGGACCGGAGCCGGACUCUGGCGCUCCCGUCGGCUCUACAGCGCCUCCUACUGGACACUGCAGAGGAAGUGCAGCAAGACCUUUGAUCACACGCUUUUCUUUACCACUAAUUUAAGUUUUAUUUUAAUAAUUUAAAUAUUUAUUAAUGUUUAUGUGAAGUUAUUUUGAAUUUUUUGUACUGCAGAUGUGUUUGAGAUGUUGUUUUGCAUAUCAGAAUCAAGAUUAAAUCUUAUAAAGUCAUACAA